AUGGAACCCAAUAAAGAAGACUCCGAUAAACAUGUGGAAAACGAUGAACAAGUAAAAGAACUGACCAAAGCUGAUACACAAUAUAUCAACUGUCGCAUUUGCACAAAAUAUGAUGAAGUGUUCUUCCCUAUAAAUUCUGAAGAAAAUGGGCAAACGUUAGGCGAUAUGUUGUCGUCAAUUGCAUCAAUAGAAAUACCAUUUAGCGACAUGAUACCAUUUCAAAUGUGUAUGGAGUGUCGAAACAAUGUUAUAUUUUGUUUUGAAUUUAAAAUUAAGUGCCAAAACUCGUUUUAUGCUUUGCAAGAGGAAUUACAACAAACAAUAAUAGAGAUAGGCCAGGGUAACCCCAAUAGUAUGUCAAAAAUGACAGAAUGGAAUGUUGCAGUAAAAAAAGAAACUCAAGAAAUAGAAAGUUAUAUCAUGAAUGUAAAAGAAGAAAUGCCGGAUGUGAAUAAUGUUGCCGAAUAUUUAGAUGAUAAUAUAUUUGAAGAUGAGUGUUCUAAACAAAAUUCAAAAGAGGAAAGGUUGUGCAAACAGUCCCCACCAAAACUCCAUUCGGUGAAGAUGUUGAGUCAAACUGAGUUGUGUGCUGUUGCUAUUGCUGUAGCGGUGAGUGCAAAGAAGAGAAAAAAAGAACAGAGCUCGCGAAAAGGGAGAAAAUGGGCCAAACAGUUGUUCAUUGACAGGGAGAAACACACCCACGAAACAUUGCUGAAUGAACUGAGAGUUGCUGAACCACACGAUUUUCGCAAAUUUUUACGGAUGGACGGAGUAUUAUUCGACGAACUUCUCGCUUUGGAUAUCUCGCAACCGGGAUCCUUCGAAGAUCUGAACUUUUUAACUGCUGUUUCACCUCAGUCAAUAGGUCGUAUUGUUAUGGAAACAUGCACUGCUCUGGUCAACAGCCUCAAGGAAUACAUAAAGAUCCCAAAUACAGACCAAGAAUGGAAAGAAGUCGCGCAAGAUUUCUAUAAUCAGUGGAAUUUCCCUAACUGUCUGGGUGCAAUAGAUGGAAUACAUGUCGCAAUAAGGAAACCGUACAAUUCAGGAUCAUUUUACUUCAACUAUGAAAAAAAAUUCAGCAUUGUGAUGAUGGCAGUGGCAAAUGCGAACUAUGAGUUUAUCAUGGUUGAUGUCGGAGUAAAUGGUCGAAUAUCAGACGGCGGGGUACUCAAUUACACGAAUUUUGGGCAAGCACUUGCAAAUAAAACACUGGGGAUUCCAGAACCUGCUCAACUGCCGAAUAGUCAAAAAGUAUUGCCAUUCGUUUUUGUGGGAGAUGAUGCCUUUGGACUGACUGAAAAUUUAAUGAAGCCCUACCCUCAAGCAGGAUUAAAUGUGGAGAGGAAAAUUUUCAAUUAUCGGCUGAGUCGAGCUCGUCGUGUGAUCGAAAAUGUCUUUGGGAUUUUGGUCAGCCGAUUUGGUGUACUACAAAAUCCAAUAGCACUGGCUCCUGAAAAGGCUCGAACUGUUGCCUUAGCAUGUUGUUAUUUACACAACUUUCUACGUAAACGCCAACCACGAGUUUAUGUCACAAGGAAUCAUGUGGAUAGUGAGGAUUUGAUAGCUGGCGUUGUCACGAACGGAUCGUGGAGGGAUGGUAUAGAUGAGAUAACAAGACUACAGUCAAACAAAAUCUUCCAGGAUGCAACAAACACUGCCAAAGUGGUCAGAGAUACCUAUUGUAAUUUCUUCAUCAAUGAGGGCCAGGUUACAUGGCAAAGGAAAAUUGCAGUACAGGUUCAACAUCUUCCGCACUUGCACCAGUUUUCUAUGCUUCGCGAAUCCCAUUUAAUUCUUUACGAAAGUUCAUCACCUUCAAAGGUUAAAGAAAAAGUUAAAGCUAUAAACGUUGUCAAAGGCUCUGGCUUUAAAGUAUUUCAUCCCUGUAAAAUAUGCAAUAAGAAAUUUGUUAGCGCUUUAAAUUUAAGAGCUCAUAUGAAAAUUCAUAAUUCAGACGAGAAGAAUCUUAUAAGCUGUAAAAAUUGUAAGGAAAAAUUUACAUCUGAACAUGAUUUGACUGUCCAUUCCGCUCUACAUACUAAAGGAGAUAAAUGGAAGUGCUUUGAGUGUUCAAAAGAAUUUUACGACCGCACGUGCUUCCGACGCCACAUUCGUCGCCACUAUAACACUAAGGAGUUCGCUUGCGAGUGGUGUUCGAAGCAGUUUGCGGAACUGUGUGGACUUCGACGGCACGAGCGCGUACACACGGGCGAGACCAGGGAGAAUCGUUACAACUGUACUCAGUGUGAUAAGAGGUACCCCAACAAAUACCAGCUAAAUAUGCAUCUGAUGCGCCAUACGGGUUUAAGACCUUGCACCUGCGAUAUAUGUGGAAAGAGCUUUCCGUCCACUAGACUACUCAAUUCUCAUAAGUUGACGCACACAGAUGAUAAACCGUAUGCUUGUCCAGUUUGUGAUAAAAGGUUCCGGCACGAGUCUACGCGAAAAUCUCAUGUUCUGACGCACACCGGCGAAAAGCCAAUUGUCUGUUCGAUAUGUGGGAAGACCUUCAGACAGAACUCGAAUUUCACUGUCCACAUGCGAUCACAUACAGGUGAAAGGCCAUACGCCUGCAGUCAAUGCACACGCAAUUUCACAUCCACAUCAGCUCUAAACACUCAUAUGACAAGCCAUUCUAAAGAAAAGCCUUUCGCUUGUCCUGUUUGCGGAAAGAGGUUCCUUCGCCAGUCUCUGACAAAUCACAUGCGUCUACAUACGGGUGAGAAAGCACACGCUUGCCCCGCAUGUCCGAGACGUUUCCUGACAGCUUCGAGACUUAAGGACCACUCCAAAAUACACACUGACGAGAAGCCCUUUGAAUGUAAGACUUGCAGUGCACGAUUUAAGAAACAAAUCACUUUAACAAACCAUGAGAAAAAACAUGCUGCUUACAAAGUGACCAAGGAAAAACCAGGUCGAAAAGGAAAUGCCAAAGCAAUGAUAAAAAGAGAAGUAAUUGAUUACAAAGAAACAAGCGAAGACAACAGUGAUAUCAACUUACAAAUAACAGAAGUUCCAAUUGAUGUUUCUGAGGAAUUGGUUUUAGAGGAUGACAGCAAUGGUAAAACUGAAUUAAUUGUUAUAGAAGAGAAAUUGGUUUCACCACAACUAUUAGAUGGGAUAACACUGAAGGUGUAUCACAUAGAUCAAAGUCUCGUGCAAACACAAGAAUAG